CCGGAAUCAGUUGAAUCUCUUCCCAUAAUACUCCCAGUUUCGUGGUUCGAAAAUCAAUUAAAAAAAAAAAACUGCAAAUCAAUAUCAACAUUUGCUUCUUUAGCAGUGGAAAUGAGAUUCACUGUUUGAUAGUAAUACAACUAGAAUUCUUGAAAAUGGCUCUUUACCUAUCUUCCUUUUUUCCCCUCGCCGCCACUACCACUACCACGAGCCUCUCAUUCUCUUCCUCUUUCUCAAAUAUGGCUUGGCCUAGGCGCGCGAAUGCGUUACGGCUGCUGGGUUGUAGUAAUGCCGCGGUGUCAAGACAUGGCCAAGAAUUUUGGGUUUCAGUUGCGAAUGAAUACGAUCCGGAGCUUCGAGUUGUGCUUGAACUAGCUACGGAUGAAGAGUUAUAUGAGCUUCAAAGAAUCCUAUUUGGUCCCAGGUUUCCGAUUUCGCUUGGUUUUGAUUGCUCAGAAAUUCAGUCUAUACUGAAUAAAGAUGAUGUGGAGGAUAUGAUGAUUGAAGAGAAUGUUGAGGAGCGAGAUGCUUUUAUAGCAGGUCUUGAAUCACGCUUCUUAUUCCUUGCUGCUGAUGCCCGAUCGACAUUGAGGGGUUGGAGGCCGUCAUACAGAAAUGUCCUGCUUUCUGUGAGGAAGAAGUUGAACAUUCCUUGCUCAAGCAAAUUGUCCACUGAAGAUCUGGAAGCAGAGAUUUUCCUUCAUCUAUUGAGGAAUUACUCUAGUGAAGAAUCAGGAACUUUUCCAGGCUUAUGGGAACAUAAUAAUAUUUCCAACAUCCAAAAUAGUCUAGAGUUGGGACUUAGCCAGUGGAAGGUGCAGGUCCUUGCUGCUGGUAAGGUUGGGGCAACAGAAUUCCAAUCAAUGGUUUUGAAGGGUGGUGGUAUAGUUACUUUGGCAAAACUUUAUCAAUUGUUGACGAAGAAAUUGUCUGGAAAGGUGUUCCUAGAAGCUGCCAACUAUUUGAUGAAAAAGGAAGCUCUUAAAAAGGGGGGGCAGGUAGUUGCUACUAGUGUAGAGUCAAGAGCGGCCUUGCUUGCGGCUAAGCAGGGCUUUGCAGGUGCUACAUCCAGAUAUGUGGGCUUGAGGAGUAUGAUGAAUUUGCUUGGCCCACUGUUUUGGGGAACAUUUCUGGCUGACGUUGUCAUUCAGAUGCUAGGAACUGAUUAUGCUAGAAUUUUGCGAGCUAUCUAUGGAUUUGCACAGAUCCGUAUCACACGAACAUACCGGUAAUAAUUCGCAGAUGAUUGAGUAGUAGUUAGCUUUUCAGGCGGUCCAUCUUGAACUUCUCUAGUGGUAGAAACAUAACUUUGGAACUGAUGCUGCAAUGACAUUAGGUAUGUUCUAAGCUGUAAAAAUUCUCAUUGUAAAUUUGUAGUAUAAUUAUCUCUUCUUUACUGUCCAUAAGUGUUUGUUUUACAGCGUAACUACGAUAAAUUUUGAGUAUUGCAUUCAACUUUAGAUA